AUAACAAGCUAUGUGCUGUCAUUUCCGGGCAUUAAUUAUAAUUUUUGCGAGGGACAAUGUGGCCUUCAAUUCUUUGGGUAUCGAUUGUAGGCGAAACACCUGUUGGAGCGUUCCCUGGGCUUAAUUUGCAUAAUAAAGGGGUUGCUGCAGAAGAAUUUGGUUGACGGCCAUAUUGAACUGAAGAAGUGUUGCUGUGCGCGCACAUGUAGCCUUGCGUGUGUGAACCGUGAGUGUUUACAUACAUGUACAUGUACGUUUUCUGGGUAUGAAGUGCUGUUUUAUUUCGGGACUAAACCAAGCUUUUCAUCGAAGAAUGUGAUAUGCUAUUUCAAAGAGUCGGGGAGGACGAGUGAAGAGUACAAAGGAUGGCCAACACCCAGUCUCCAGCUCAAGCUGCCUCCUCCUUUGAGAAAGGUCGCAUCCAGGCCUUACAGGAAGAGCGGAUCAAAAUACAGAAAAAAACCUUCACCAAAUGGGUCAACUCUUUCUUGGAAAAGGCCAAUCUGCGUGUGAAGGAUCUCUUUGUGGACCUGCAAGAUGGCAAAGUUCUCCUCCGGCUGCUUGAGAUUAUCUCAGGGGAGAAGCUGGGCCGGCCGAACAAGGGUGCCCUCAGGGUCCAGAAGAUGGAAAAUGUUGGCAAAGCGCUGACAUUCCUCUCCUCAAAAGUGCGGCUGGAGAGCAUUGGAUCUGAGGAUAUCGUGGAUGGCAACCCACGGCUGACGUUAGGCCUGAUGUGGACCAUCAUCCUUCGUUUUCAGAUUCAAGACAUACAAAUUGAGGACGAAGGCAGCACAGAGAAACGGUCAGCAAAGGAGGCCUUGUUGCUGUGGUGUCAGAGAAAAACGACAGGGUAUCGUGGUGUCAACAUCCACAACUUCACGACCAGCUGGAGGAAUGGACUAGCUUUCAAUGCAUUAAUUCAUGUCCACAGACCGGAGCUUGUGUCUUUUGAGGGUCUAGUGCAGAGGAGUAAUGAACAAAAUCUUAACAUGGCCUUCACGGUGGCUAAGGAGCAGCUGGGUAUCCCUGACCUCCUGGAUGCUGAAGAUGUAGAUGUAGAGAAACCUGAUGAGAAAUCUAUCAUGACAUACGUGGCUUCAUACUACCACUACUUUGCCAAAAUGAAAACAGAGAAGACGGGAGGAAAACGAAUAGCCAAAAUUGUAAGCCAGCUGAUGGAUGUGGACAAAAUGCGCAAGGACUAUGAGCUGAUGGUGUCUCAACUCCUGGAAUGGAUCGAAGCCAAGAUCCGACAGCUGGCCGACCACAAGUUCCCCAACUCCCUUGAUGGCAUUCAGGCACUCAUGCAGACUUUCAAAGAGUACAGAACUGUAGAGAAACCCCCAAAGUAUGCUGAGUGGGCCAACAUAGAGGUGGCGAUCUUCAACAUCCAGGCCCUGGUCCAGUCCUGCCACCUUCGGCAAUACAUGCCACCUGAGGGCAAGCUGGUUAGCGAUGUGGAACGUUGCUGGGGCAAGCUCGAGCAGGCCGAGCAUGACCGGGGCAUUGCCCUUAGGGAGGAGCUGAUCCGACAGGAGAGGCUGGAGAGGUUGGCUGAAAAGUUUGCCCGCAAGGCCUUACUUCGUGAGUCGUGGUUGGCUGACAUGACCAGUGUGCUGAAGGAAAGCGUGAUUCCCAGCAACAACAUCUUUGCUGUGGAAGCGGCCACCAAAAGGCACGAAGCAAUCACGGCUGAUGUCAUGGCCAGGAAAGACCGCUUUGAGGACCUGAGCCGCAUGGCCAAGGAGCUGGUUGGGGGGAACCACCACACAGGCCAGGCGGUCAGCCAGAAGGAACGAAAGAUUGCCCGGGACUGGCAAAAGUUGAUUGACCUGCUGGCCAGGCGACAGCAGGUGUUGCACGGCUUCACUGACCUGAUGGGCAUGUUUAGAGAGAUUGAGAGUGUCACAGCAGAGAUGAAAGAAAUUGAGGUGGGUCUGCAGUCUGGGAAUUGCGGCAAGCAUCUCCUGGGGGUGGAGGACCUCCUCCAGAGACAUGCCCUGACCGAGACCCAGAUCAACUCCCAGGGCUACCGGGUGGGCCAGGUCAACCAGAAGGCUGACAUCUACUUGAGCCAGAACCACUCAGAGAGCGAGACCAUCAAGAAGAGAGUUGCUCUGCUCAAUGUGGCCUACGAGCACAUCACCAAGCUGAGCAUGAGGCGCAAGGCCCAGCUGGAGGAGUCACUCAAGUUCUUUGAGUUCCUGCGGGACGGCGAGGAGGAGGAGUCAUGGCUGACAGAGAAGCAGCGCAUUGCCAAGUCCAUGGUGACCGGGCGGGACCUGAGAAGCGUCAUCAAUGCUCAGCAGAAACAUGCAGCACUGGAGCUGGAGAUUGUUGGAAGGCAGCAGAUCAUCGAAGGCGUGAUGCAGACAGGGGAGGAGCUGGCAAGGGCAGGACACCCCAGCAGCAAUGUCAUCCUGGCCCAGAUUGAUGAGCUGCAGGAGAAGUGGGCUCGACUGAAUGAGUUCGCCGAGGCACGGAAGUACCGACUAGAGCAAGCUGCCCAGUCACACCAGUAUUACAUUGAUACCAAUGAGGCUGAGUCCUGGAUGCGAGAGAAGAUGCCCCUGGUGUGCAGCGACGACUACGGCAAGGAUCCCGAGUCGGCCAAGACGCUCCUCCAGAAGCACCUGACGCUGAUGGAGAGCAUCAACGCCUACGAGGACGACAUCCUCAAGCUCAGCCAGCAGGCCAAGGAGAUGGUGGACGCCAACAUGAACAGCAAGUUUUCACUUGAACCUUUAGCGGAAGCAGAAAAUGCACCAGAGCCGUUCCCUGCAGAAGGGGAGGAGUAUGUAACCGAAAUUGUCGAGGUGCCUUAUGAGGUCGAGGAGGAAGAGGUGGUUGAGAAAGAGGUUGUGAAGGAGGUGGUGGAAGAAAGGACUUACCCACAGGUGAAGGCUGCCUACGCAUUCUCAGGGCAAGGUCUGAAAGUAUCAAAAGGAGAGAUCUUGAUCCUGGUCGAAAAAACCAACGCCGACUGGUGGAACAUCCGUAAAGCAUCAGGCCAAGAGGGCUUCGUCCCCGCCAACUACGUCAAGGAGACUCAGCCCAAGGUUGUGAAGAAGAAAGUGCAGAAGCGAGUCAGGGUGCCGGAGACGGUCAGAGUUCGCAAGACCAAGAUGCGGCAGGAGAUGGUCAAGAGAAAGAGGAAGAUUUCGGCGGGGAGGGGCACGUCAUUGUCUCGAAAGUCUAGCCUGAGAAGAACCAAUCAUUUUGAUAAGGAGAACAUUGAGCUGAGGCAGCAGGGCAUCGAUGGCACCUACAGGCGGCUCAAGAAGCUCGCCGUCUCGCGGAAGCGCUACCUCGAGGAUGCCAUCAAACUCUUCUCAUUUUACCGGGAGUGCGACGAAUUUCAGGCCUGGAUGAAAGAAAAGCCCAAAGCAUUCCCCUUUCAAACCAGUAUCAUGGAGAAGAUCUUGAAGAAGAAAGAAACCCUGUCGGAGCGGGUGGAGGCCUCCCGGCGGAAGUUUGAGAACCUGCUGACGGACCUGGUAGCCAACCAGGGCCGUAUCGACCGCAUCAACAAGAUGGCAGACGAGUUUGUGCGGACGGGGCACAGCAAGCAGGCCGAAGUGCUGGGCCGGCAGAAGGAGGUCAACGAUCAAUGGGAGAGGCUGAUGAAGCUGAAGGAGGAGAAGGAGAAGAUGUUGGAGGGGGCAUCCAGCAUUGAGCUGUACAACCACUCCUGGGGCGAGGCCAAGGAGUGGAUUCUGGACAAGUUCAAUGCUCUCUCCUCCUAUGAUCCCGGCAAGGAUUCCCAGUCUGUGCAGGACCUGCAGCGGAAGCAUGAGAACCUGGAGAGGGAGCUGGCGCCCGUCAGCGAAAAGCUCCGGAAACUUAAUCUCCUAGCGAAGGCUGUGAAGUCAUCCUAUCCAAACGAAGGGGACCACAUUGACCAGAGGCAGGCCAAGAUCAGGGACUUGUGGGACACAUUGGAGGCUAAAGCGGCAGAGCGGAAGGCGCAGCUGGAGCAGAGUCGAGACAUCAGCAGGUUUCACAAUGAAACCAAAGAACUGACUGUGUGGUGCAAUGAAGUGCGAGGGCUGUUGCUGGACACAGAGCUAGCGAGGGACGUGGUGGGAUCGGAGAAUCUUCUGAAACAGCACCAGGACCUGCUGGAGGAUGUCAGGGGUCAUGAUGACAUAUUCACCAAGUUGGAGGCACUCGGUAGGCAGCUGCUGAAGGCCUUGCCUGACUCGGUGACGAUUGCACAGAGGACAAGGAAGCUGUCUGAAUCACGCACUGAGAUCCAAGCGGGCUGGGACAAGCGAAACCAACGGCUGCAAGAUGCCCUGGAUCUUGCUCUAUUCAACAGGGAGGCUGACCAGAUCGAUGCCAGGACCAGCGGUCACGAGGCCUUCUUGGAGUUUGAAGAUCUGGGUGCUACGGUUGAGAUUGUUUACGGCUUGAUCAAGAGACAAGAGGACUUUGAGAACACGCUGACUGUACAGGAUGAGAGAUUGCAAGGACUGAAGGAGAUAGCUGCCAAGUUGGUGAACAAUAACCAUUACGCCAGAACAAUCAUUUCAAAUCGGUGCGAAGAGGUGGUCGCCCGCAGGCUGAAGGUGAAAGAGAACAGCGCCCUCCGGAGGCAGAAACUUCUCCAAUCUCGAGAGUUCUUGGAGUUUUGCAGGGAUGCAGAUGAGUUGUCAGAGUGGAUAUAUGAGAAGCAUGAGAUAGCAUGCGACGAGUCUUUCCGUGAGCUGACCAACCUGCCCAGAAAGGUCAAGAAGCACGAGGCAUUUGAAGCAGAGCUGACAGCCAACAAGGACAGUCUAGACAAACUCAACGAGACCGGUCAAGCACUGAUCCAGAAGGGGAACUUCAAAGCCUCGGAUGUCAAGGCAACCCUGACCGCUCUGAAUGACCGCUGGGCCGACCUGAACGCCCGCUCCUCAGACAAGGGGGUCAAGCUGCGCCAGGCCACGCAGCAGCAGGGGCUGAACCGAGCCCUGGAGGAUGCGGUGACCAGCAUCGCCGAGAUGGAGGUGGCCCUGUCCUCCCAAGACCUCGGGCAGGACCUGAGGAGCGUGAAGGGACUGAUCAAGAAGCACCAGUUGCUGGAGAGUGACAUGGCAGUACAGGCCGACAAGAUAGCUCACAUUGUAGAGCAAGCUCAUCUGCUAACGGAGGAGGGUCACUUUGAUGCCGAGAGAAUCGCCAUAGAGACAGCCGCUGUCACUGAUAGGUUUGCCCAGCUUGGUCAACCCUCCGAGAGACGGCGGUCCAUCCUGGCAGAUUCCCACAAGCUGCAAGUCUUCCUGCACGACGUCAACAGCGAGGCACAGUGGAUCAAGGAGCAUCUCCCUGCCGCCAGCUCCACCGACUACGGCAAGACGUUCACGGCAUGCCAGAGUCACCUGCAGAAACACAAGAAAUUGAGGGCAGAGCUGACCGGCCACCAACCUGUGAUUGACAAGGUCAUCCAGGCCGGGCAAGCCCUGAUUGACAGCGGCCACUUUGCCGCAGCCACCACCCAAGAGAACUGUCAGGAGCUCUCUGUGGCCUGGGGGCGGCUGUUUGAUGCAGCUGAGGAGAGGGAGAGGAGGCUGCACAUGGCCUUUGAAGCACAGCAGUAUUUUGCAGAGGCCGAUGAAGCAGAGAGCUGGAUUGGGGAGAAGAUGAGCUUAGCAACAAGCAUAGACUACGGCAACAGCGAGGAUGCAACUCAGAAGCUCCUGGCCAGGAAUAAGGCCUUAAAGCUAGAUGUAGAAAACUACCACAGUGUGCUGAAAGAGCUUGAGGAUAAAGCGAAGGCGAUGGUGGCCAGCAGCAACCCACAUGGAGAAGAGCUGAUGGCAAGACAGGAGAACCUCCAGAAGAGGUUGAAGAGUCUGCAGGAUGCAGUGGCGGAGAGGGCCAAGGAGCUGGAAGGAGCCAAACUCCUGCACGAGUACGUCCGUGAGAGUGACGAGCUGGGGGAGUGGAUAGAGGUGCAGUACCAGGCUGCGAGCUCCGAGGAAUUUGGUGAAGACCUGGAACACUUAGAGAGGCUGAAAAACAAACACGAUGAAUUCCAACGUCGGAUUGACACAGGCAACGACAAAUUUAAACAGUGCGAAGAUCAGGCCCAGAGGCUGAUCCAAGACAAGCAUCCACUGGCUGACACCAUACAAGAGAAGCAAGACAGCCUGAAGCAAGCCCUGGAGAUGCUACGUGGUCAGGUCCAGGAGCGCACUCAGAAACUGGAGGCGGCUGGACAGAUCCACAAAUUCAACCGCGACUUUGAGGACUCCAUGUCCAGGAUACAGGAAAAGUACCACUCCAUGCCGGAGGAUCUGGGCAAAGAUAUCAUCUCAGUCCAGUCCCUGAUACGCAAGCACGAGACAUUUGAGAAUGACCUGCUGGCCAUGGAAGGCCAUCUGCAAAACCUGGUCAACGAUGCUGCCAAACUCCAGGAGGAGUACCCAGGAGGAAAUGCUGAGCAGAUCGUCGAACAGCAGCAGGUCAUCGUCACCAACUGGAACACGCUGCAGGAGCAUGCCACACAGAGGAGAGAGCUACUCCAGGCAGCAAAUGACUGGCAGCGUCUGUUGGCAACUUGUCGUGACCUGAUCAGCUGGACCAACGAGACUAUGACAGAGAUGAUGACAGAGGAGCCCAUACGGGACGUGGCCAGCGCCUCAGCGGCGCUCAGCCAGCAUGCGCAGGUCCGCGCCGAGAUUGACGCUCGGGAGGAGAACUUUGCCUCCUUGGUGGAGGCAGGCCAGAUGCUGAUCAAGCAGCAGCACUAUGCCAGCGAGGAGAUUCAAGAGAAGCUCGAUGCAGCGCUGCAGGCCAGGGAGCAGCUGCACAGCAGCUGGCAGGCCAAGAAGGACCGGCUGGAGCAGGUGGCUGAGCAGCAGGUGUUCCUCAGAGACGCCAAGCAGUUAGACACAAUCAGCGCUCAGCAAGAGGCUUAUCUGGCCGGCGCUGGGCUAGCAGCCACCGUAGAGGAGGUAGACGCCCUCGUUAAGAAACAUGAAGACUUGGAGAAGCUCUUGGCCGCUCAGGAAGAAAAGGGAACAGCUUUAGGGGAGUUUGCUCACAAACUGAUUGCCCAAGACCAUUUUGAUGCGCCAGCAAUCAGGAACAAAUUCAGCGAAGUGCUGCAAAGACGUGCUAAGGUGAAGGAGAUCAGCGGACAGAGGAAGCAAAGUCUAACCACUGCUAAGAUGUAUGCACAGUUUAAACGAGAUCUGGCUGAGGCCGACACUUGGGUUGAUGAGAAACACAAGAUCCUGGUGGAAGACUGCAGGUCCCUGCAGGACAUGAGCAACUUGCAGGAGAAGAUGAAGAAACUCCAGAAGCAUCAGGCAUUUGAAGCUGAGAUUGCGGCAAAUGAGAAGCUCAUUGCUGAGGUUAAAAAGGCCGGGGACUUGGUCAUAGCAGAGCACCACCCAGACUCCAGUGACAUCCAGCAUGACCUGAAGGAGCUGCUUGACCACUGGGAGGCGCUGCGCCGGGCCUCAGCCAGACGCAGCCAGCAGCUAGACGAAGUCAAGGACCUGCUGGAGUUCAACCGCCAAGCCGAGAAGGUGGAGUCGUGGAUCAAGGAAAAGGAGUUGAUGGUGCUUGCCAGUGACUGUGGGAGAGACUACGAGCAUUGCUUUGAGCUGCAGAAGAAACUAGAUGAUCUAGGAGCUGAUAUGUCAGUGGAUGAGUCGGUCGUCAAGCAGCUCAGCCUAGUGGGAGAGAAGCUGAUCCACCAGGCGCAGGCUGCGGGGGAAGGCACUGUCAUCAAAGAGAGACGAGACAGCAUCACCAUGAGUUGGCAGCAGAUGCAAGAAGGUCUAGCCGACUAUCGUACGAAACUGGCUGGGGCUCUGGAGGUACACGCUUUCAACAGGGACGUAGACGAGAUCAAAGAGAGGAUCAUUGAGAAGGCUAACGCCAUGAGCAGUGAGGAGCUAGGGAAGGAUCUGCCUGGUGUGGAAAGUCUACAGAGACGACACCAGGACAUGAUCCAAGACCUGACGGCAAUAGAGGACAAACUCCAGGAGGUGGAUGCCAUGGCCGAGAGGCUGUCAGCCAGCCGCCCAGAGAGCAUCCAGGAGAUACAAACUAAGCAACGGGAAGCUGCCGAAAAAUGGGAGGCCCUGAGGGAGCUGACCAAAGUCAGGCAAGCUCGGCUGGAUGCUGCCUAUAACCUGCAGAAGUUCAACAAAGACUUCAGGGAGAUGGAUAAUUGGGCCAGUGACAUUGUGACUCGGAUGACCUCGGGGGAGUUGGCCAAAAGUGUCCCUGAGGCAGAGAACAUGUGUGAGCUUCACAAGGAGAGAAAGGUGGAGAUUGACGGCAGGGACGGCAUGUUCCAGUACCUACGAGGCUUUGGGGAGAGGCUGAUCCAGCAGGACCACUACGCCAAGGAGGAGCUGCGGGCCUCCCUGAAACGUCUCCAGGACACCAAGGACCACGUCGUCCAUGUCUGGCAGGAACGGAAAGGACUCCUUGCCCAGUGCUUUGAUCUGCAGGUGUUUCAGGACUAUGUUGAACAGGCCGAGGUGUGGUUGGCAUCCAAAGAAGCAUUCCUACACAAUGAAGACAUUGGGGAUUCAUUGACCAGUGCUGAUGCACUUGUCAAAAAGCAUGAGGGCUUUGAGAAGACUUUGCAGACACAAGCAGAGAAGAUCGAGGAGCUACAGAGCUUUGCGUCCGAGUUAGUCCAGGGAAGCCACUUCGACAUCAAGAACAUUAACAACAGGUGCCGUGACGUCUUGGGGAGGCGUGACCGACUGUGGGCCCAGGCCAAUGCCCGCCACCGCAGGCUCCAUGAAUCCAAACAGCUGCACCAGUUCCUGCAGAGCAUCUACGAGAUGCUGGCCUGGAUUGGGGAGAAGCUGCAGGUGGCCCAGGACGAGGCCUACCGAGAUCCCAGCAACCUGCAGGGCAAGAUCCAGAAGCACCAGGCCUUUGAGGCAGAGCUGAUGGCCAACAAAGACAGGGUCGAUGCUAUAACUCAGGAAGGCACCGAAAUGAUCAGUGCCAAUCAUUUUGCUGCUGAAGACAUCCAGGGGAAGCUCACCCUCAUGGAAGAAAAAUGGCAGCAACUGGUAACGUCGUCUAUGAGGAAACGAGAUCUGCUCAAUGAUGCUUACCAGGCCCAGGUGUUCCAUAGGUCUCUGGACGACCUCCUGACCUGGCUGACAGAGAUGGAGUCCCAGCUGGCCUCCAAGGAUCUCGGCAGGGACCUGAGCAGCGUCAACAAGCUGCUCAAGAAACACUCUGUCAUGGAGGCACAGAUGAAUGCCCAUGAGGAGAAAGUGACCGAUGCCAAGACCAUGGCAGACUCCUUCCGAGAAGCCAACCACUUCCUGAGUGAGGAACUCACGACGAAAACGGAUCAGAUCGUAGUCCGAUACGAAGCUCUGAGAGAACCGCUGAACCUGCGGCGGGGCAACCUGGAGGAUGCUCACCGGCUGUACCAGUUCCACCGGGACGUGGAGGACGAGGUGUCCUGGAUCGACCAGAAGCAACCCUGGGUGGCUUCCGACGACCUGGGCACAAGCCUGCAUGCUGUGCAGAGCCUCUACAAGAAACACCAGGCGCUAGAAGCCGAGCUGACUGCCCACGAGCCGCUCAUUAGCGCGGUGGUAUUGACGGGCAAGCAGCUGAUACAAGGGAACCAUUACGCCCUAGAGGACAUCAACGUGGAGCUCAGCCAGCUCCAGGCAAUGUGGUACCAGCUGCAGGAGGUAGCGGGAGACCGGAAGAGGAAGCUGCUAGAUGCCUUAGAGUCGCAGACGUUCUACUCUGAGGUCAGCGAGGCGGAAUCCUGGAUGAAGGAGAAGCGCCCCCUUCUGACAAGUCCUGACUACGGGAAGGACGAGGACUCCGUGGCAUCCCUGCUGAAGAAGCUGGACGCCCUGGACCUGGACUUGGAGAGUUUCCAGAAGACCAUCGACACCUUGGCUAGCCUCAGCAGCGGACUGUUAGCCAGGGGGCAUUUCGACAGUGCUGAUAUUAAACAAAGACAGAGUGAUGUCGAGGCAUCGUACAAGGAGUUACUGGCAUUGUCGCACAGCCGUAGGAAGGCCUUGUCGGAUCACAAGGAGCUGUAUGAGUUCUACAGUGAGACAGAGGAGACGGCAGACUGGAUACAAGACCAAGAGGCAGUGGCUUCCUCUGAGGAUUACGGAAAGGAUCUGGAACACGUUGAGAUUCUCCAAGUCAAGUUUGGCGACUUCACACGGGACCUCCUGGCCAACGCACACCGCGUGGCGAGUGUGGGCACCAGGAGCCUGCGGCUGGUGGAUGAGGGCAUCGGCGAGGAGAAGGAGAUCCUGGAGCGCUGCCAUCGGGUGGAGGAGAUGUGGGAACAACUCAAGGAGCUCACCAAUGCCAGGACCGAGGCCUUGGCAGCAGCCAAACUGAUCCACGCUUUUGACCGUGACUCCGAUGAGACGAGGAGCUGGAUACAGGAGAAAGAGAAGACAGUGUCUUCUGAAGAUUACGGCCACGACCUGGCCAGCGUGCAGGCCCUCAUCAGAAGACACAACGGCCUGGAGCGAGAUCUGGCAGCCCUGGAAGAGCAAGUGGCCUCAGUCUCGACCGCCGCAGCCCAGCUGGUGGAGCGUUUCCCUCAUGCCUUUGAUCGUAUCAGCCACAAGAAUGACACCGUGGUGGAGGCGUGGAACCUGCUCCUGGAGGAGGCAGCCACACGGCGCGACCGCCUGGCCCAGGCUGAGCAGCUGCAGACCUACCUCAACGACUACCGGGAGAUGAGCGCUUGGAUGAGCGAGAUGAUGGCCCUGAUCACUACCCACGAGACACCCCAUGACGUGCAUAGUGCCGAAUCCCUGCUGGGUCGCCACGCUGAGCACAAGGCCGAGAUAGACGGCAGGACAGACAGCCUGGAGCAGUUCACCAGCACCGGCAGGGAGCUGAUUGACAAUGGUCACUUCCUUUCCAACGAGAUCUCAGACAAGGUGGAACAGCUCAAACACUCGUGGGAUGACCUCCUCACCACCUGGCAUGAAAAGCAGGCUCUGUUUGACACCUUCCUGGAUGCUCAAGUCUUCGAGCGGGAGCUCGAGCAGGCCGAGACUUGGCUGGCUGCUCGGAACCCAGUGCUUCAGGACCAGUCGUUUCUGGAGGAUACUCUGGAUAUUGAGGAGAUGAUCAAGAGACAUGAGGACUUUGAGAAGACCAUUGCUGCCCAGGAAGAGAAGUUUGCUGCCCUCAAGAGGCAGACCAAGUGUGAAGAGCAGUCGUUUGGCCACCAAAAGCAACUGGACAACAUCCUGGAGGAAGUGAAUGAUGCCCCCGUCACCUUGCGUGACAUAGCUUCAGAAGAUACCGAAAUGAUUUUGGAGGAGGAUGAAAACCUGCCAGGGACACUUGGAGAAGCUGAACGGGCUGCCCUGGUGGCACAGAUAGAAGAAGAAUUGUUUGAGGAAGAACUGCAGGAGAAACUCCAAGCUGUCCUGCCUGACGAUGAAAGCAUCUCAGUACAACAAAAGGUCCUUCCCGUGCAGACCAAGAGAACAGAUCUGUCCCCUGAGAUCAAAGCCAGUGUUCCUGUCCCUGAGAAACCACUUGCCAAUGGACGUAAAUCCGAAAAACAGAGCAUAAUUAGUUCUGCGUUAGGUAAGGAGCACCUCAUCAAUGAAGGGGAGCGACUCAGAGAUGCAGAGAAGCGGCCUCCAAGGCUAAAUGGCAACCCCAUUGACAUUAGCUCACCGGUUACUUCUAUAGAUGAGUUGCUCUCCGAGGAUGAAGUAGAUACAAGGGACCUCAUCCAUCAAGCAGAGAUCCUUGAAGAAUCCGCAAAAUUACCCUCAAACCUCAGGGGCUCAGAGAGACCAGACUCUACGAUGGCUGUGCGCCAGAGUUCCAGCCAGCAGGCAAGGGCGGAGUCACCAAGCGGCAGGCAAGUAGAACCUGGGCCUGGGCUUAACCAACCAGAUUCCAAAGCUGACCUCCCACACCCAAGCUCGAGAUCGACGGCUCAGUAUUCAAGGAGUCGAUCAUCUCAGGACUUGGAUGUUAGCUCUGAUGAGAGUAUUCGGCACAGAAAGUCUCCUCGGAAUCCCAGUACUCUUGGCAGGAUACAACGUGGUUUGACUUCCCCCUCACACGGGCAGAAGAAAAGACAGACUUCCAAGCCCUUCCACCCAAGUCCUCUUGCGUUAAACAAUGACCGGCGGCCCCAGCAAAGAAUGUUCAAUCAAACAACUGGACCCUCUCAUAAAGAUACAGCAGUUCUCAACAGCAACAACAACCACACAAACAAGGGGGAUCAUGUUCCCUUUACUAAGCCUGAUGAGGAUUGGAUGAGACGUGAGGGGGAGGAGCUUAUGUCUCCAGACAGCCUAUCAGGUGAGGAAGAUCUGAGUGUGGGCUCAUUGCCGUCCCUGCCUGACGAAACAGACCCUGUGUUGGUAACCAGGCACAGUGUUGAGAAAGAUUCUCCAGAUCUGUUGUGGAAGAGUGAUCAGUCAGAAACUGAGCCUCCACCUCUGCCAGCUUCUGCUCCUCCUCAACUCUACGACUUUGAGGACUCUUCCCCCGAUGAGGUCACAACAUUGCCACAGUCACCAAGUUCCCCUGCAACUCCCACCCCGCCCAUGAGGCGGCGUUCAAGAGCCUCCUCCAUUGAUGUCAAAAAGGCAGAUGCAUCAACUCCUCCACAAUCUGCUCUUCAGAGCAUCUCCGUAAACAAACCUCACCCAGCUACAGCCCUCCAUGAUCCUUCAUCAAAUCACCAGUCAUUUCCUCCCCAGCCAACUAGGCCUGCACCGGCAGUUGCUCAUCACGGCCCGUCUUCACCAGCCCUUCAGGGACCUGGUGAUGCCUCACAUCAGCCCCCGUCACCCAGUUCCUCUCCCAUCCCGGGUUCCCAUCAUCACCCUUCACCUCAUCAUCCCCAUAUAUCCAUCUCCCACACCAUUGCAUAUGAGCAUCCAAGAGGACAUCAUUCUCAUUCUGCCUCAUCCCAGCAACACCCGUCUCAUAGAUACCAACACCCCACUCCCUCUCAGAAGCAGCCAUCACCCAGGUCCCACCCUACCCAACCUCAGCAACCCAGGCGCCCUGCCCCAGCUUCUCCAAUCACUGUGACUCAUGUAGAGUCCUCCCCGGCACAGCCCCGUCGGGCAGCACCCCAGUUCUCCCCUAGGGCUCAUCAGGUGGACAGGGUCACAGCAGAGCCCCCUCCACCCAUCCAACUAACAAGUCUGAAAGGGGGUCACCAUAGGCCUUUCAAGUCCUCACCAGGCCAGGACUCCCCGAAGCUGAAAAGGAACAAGAUAUUUGGAGGUCUAUUCAAGAAGAAGUGAUGUGCCGUAAAGCAAAACAUCCUUAAUAAUUCAUUAAUUUUAACUUUGAAAUAUAGCAUUCAGGAUUAAUCAGAUGAUGUCAACUUGAUCUUAACUGUUCAUGAGAUUUCUCGAGAGCAUAAAGACUGAUGUACCAAAUAUGGCCUUUUUAGCAGAAUUUGUUUCCGUACAUGAAUCAUUCAAAUAUAAAAGGACUUUAACCCUGAAGGUUUGGUGGUGCACACAAGCAUUAGUUCAUAGGCUUGGCUCUGGCAGUACAAGAUAUAUUUACCCUUGAAAACGGUUUCUAGGCAUUUAAAGAGAGUAAAGCUCAGCAAAAGGUGUACAAAAGACAAUAAUGCCCAGUAAGACGUUAAGUGUUUCCAAUCAGAUUGUGAAGCUUCACUCAAUAUUAGCCAAGCGUUUACCACACACUUCUAAAUCUGACAUGCUCUCCCUCAUAGUCUUCACUGAAAGGAAUACUUUAUUUGCUUUGCACAGCCCCACUAAUGUGCUUUACAUUUUCUAACCCAUUUGCGUCAUGGUUUGUGAGUAAAGAGCCGUGUACACAGAGAGUGUCAUUGUAUUUUUAACACGAUGGAGUGAGUCGAUUGUUGAAACUAACCAGUUGCUGCUGGCGUUACAGAUGCACUCUGCAAGGCUGACCAGUCAGCGCUGCUGUAACAUUUAAGGUAGACCUGCCCAACGAGCCCCUUGUGCUUGUGGCGAUAUUCGUUAACUUGUUUCUUCACCGAAGAGUUGUUUCUUCCCCGUUAGUCGUGGCUUAUUGCAUUUGGGCUGAUAUGUUACAGGAGAUGCAUGAAAUCUCCACUGCUGCAUACGAACCUUUUUUUUUCUGUUUCUCAUUACAACUGAUAGGCCUGAUAUGAAUCAUUAUCAUUUUUGUUGCCUCUGCUGCCGGUGCUGUCAUGGGGUUAUCAAAACAAAAUAUGGAAACGUAAACCCAAAACUAGGACAAGACAAUCAAGACUGUAUGGAGGUUUGGGAAAAACACUAGGUAACUGAAGCAGCAGACUACAAUCAUUGUACAAAUAUUAGCCUUCUUAUAAUUCCAGUUGUAUGGUAUUUGGACGUGAUUUGAACCCCUGACGUGAGGGAAGAAUCACCAGUGUCGAACGGGGGAGUGUUUGCUAGAGUACAUGUACUAGCACAGGUACUAGCAUAGGUACUUGGAGAAGCACUUAGGCCUAAUUAGAGAGCAGGACAUUGCACCACCCAUUGAGUACCAGUAGAACUAAACAGAUGGGAAUAUUUGGCACAAGUGAAUAAUGAGUACUGUAAAAUCCGAGUGCUGCCUCAAGUGUUGUUGUGAUUCUAUAGUAUCUCGAUAGUGUGGUCACAGACUUGCCUCUUACAAUUCAAUAGAUGCCUAUCGUCCUUGCUCGGUUCUCUGCAUUCAGUGCCAUUCGUGCUCUUAGCAAGGGAAAAACAAUAUUUCUGGUCUUCACGUCCCCAGCGACCAUUUCAGUUUGUUCGGUGGCAUGUAGAAACUUAGGCUAAUAGUUACAUCGUUCCAUGACAUUGUUCUGCAUGUCCGCCCCUAACUUCCCCAGUGGAGCCUGUCCACAAAACACAUUUCGCCAUAUGAAGGGUUUUGUGGAAGUCGGAUAAAUGAGCCUUUCCUUCUAUUUCAACUUCUGUUUGUGUCCCCUUCUUUUUUGGAGAUCCAGCCCAGUGAUGGUUGCUGGGAUAUGCAAUAAUAGUGAUGUGCUUCGUGAACUUGCGCACAGAAGCUAUUUCCAGAUAUUUUACAGAGUGGUAUUGAAGUAUUUUGCAAAGACUGACCUGGCCUUAAUUUCAAAGUGUGCCGUUGGAGCUUUAAGCUUAGAUCGUAGAGUGUGCACCAACGUGUCGGCAACUGUGGCAUGGGUCGGUCGUGACGAACGCUAGAUUUCCGGGCAAUUCAGUGGGGUUGAAGGGAAAGGUUAGCAUACAAACAUGUCGAAGGGUAAUACGCAUACAAAAAUUCCCCCAGCCUAGCGUGUAUUGCAUCCAAGAGGGUUAUUUUGGGGAACUUGUAGCAGAUAGUAUAUUGUCCAUAUAGAACAACCUUGUUGAAUCUUGCAUUAAAUAUCAUUGAUGACUCAGAAUGUUACUCAGUACAUUUGUUCUGUGGAAUGAAGUUGAAAGCAAAGUUUUGAUUUGAAAUUCUGUUUGAAAAGUCACAUUCUUGUGGAAGUAAUCAACAUUGCUGUUUUUAUUUUUUACGCUUCUGUUCGCUGCAGUAUGUAAAAUAUUCGUGUACAGGUUUGCGUAAAUACCUUGAAUGUGUUUUCAUUUUUGCAUCUUUUAUACAUUAAUGGAUUUUGUUUGGCAGAAUUAUUCAGGUUCUGAGAUUAAUGUACAGCUUUACUUUGCAAUUAUAUUUCCUGCUGAAUUUUCUGUUUACGCUACUAUGGUAUGCACGCUUUCACCGUGGGGAAUGGUUUCAAUGAAUCGCUGAAGUAUAAAUUGUAAAUGGCUUCUGAGUUUCAUAGACAGUGGAUUAUUUAUACAUGCAGCUCAUAAAUGAUUACUUUUAAGUUGGAGGCUGAAGAUGCCAGAGUGUUUUUUCCAGGAGUCCACUGAGUAGAUCUAUGUAUAUUGCAUCGGUUAUAUUAUUGAUCUUCCGGCCGUCUGCCGUAGUUCCUUCUUUAAAACGAGAGGUGAAAAUGGGAGGAAAACUAACGAACUCUAAACAACCCUCAACGUUUAAACAACACGGAAGGAAAACCUCCCUUGGGAGAUAUUGAAAUUGUAAAAUUGAGGUAUAUGUAUCUUUUUAAUAAUUGAAAGAUUAACAAAAGAAACGACUGUGUGCCGUGGAAAACAAACUUCUGAUUGUUUUGUAACAAGUCGCUAGCUUUUGUGACUCAAGUUGAGUCAUUGUAACGCGUGACUCGAGUCGAGUCAUUCGGCAAGAAAGUCGAGUCAAUUACUUAGCUGGAGUCAGUUCGAGUUACAAAUAUUGAGAGUAAUACGAUUCAUAAAAGUGUAAUGAGUAAAAUGUGGUCAAACCACAUCUUACGCUUGAUGGAGUAUCACUGUAAGUUACUGCAAAUAUUUUGUAACAAAGAACUUUGCUUUUAUUUUUGGGACGAUGAGGGACUCGAGUCGAGUCACAAAUUACUCGUCGGAACUCGAGUCUGCAAAAUUGUGACUCGAGCCGGACUCGAGUCAUUGACACGAGUCAAGUCAUUGACUUGGGUCAACCCCCUGAACAUGUUACCGUUUGUGGGAUGCAUGCCUUCAUCUUGUUUUACAUCUGAACAAAGCUUUAUGAAUGCAUGCAUAAAAGACUAGUGAACCACAAGUACAUUGCCAGAUUUUUUUUCUGUGAUAGUAUCGCAUGUCAUAUUACUAUUGGAUAAGCAAGAGCUUCUACAGGGCGCUAUCGCUGAAGCAGCGUUGUUAAAUUCAGAGGCAACGAAAGUGCAGUUGGUGUGCUGAUGCAUAUCACAGGCGAAUUAAGCCCUGCCCUUGGUUAAAAGCAGACGACUGCGGAUAGGUCUAUAACCUGUGUCACUUGAAGCCCGCUGUGCUCAUGCGACUGUCUUCGUCAAGGUGUUGGAUGUCGUGCACAGUGAUCACUGGCAGAUUCCUCCACCAAGGCUAGCGACAUGACACCUUGCACCAUACAUAGCUCUGCCUUGAACUUUUGGCAGAUUCCUCCACCAAGGCUAGUAAACCAGCCAAGUCCGAAAGGUGUACGGCGGACUGUAAAAUCUGUAUUAGAGUAAUGCAGUAACUAUUUAUAUUUUCAUCAGUACCGCAUGGAAUUCUGAAAAGAGUGUUGGUAUUUAUUUACAUUAACUGUGCUGAACAUAUUUCUCCGUUUUGAUCUAUUUUGGUAACCAGUUAUUUGAAUCUUUUAUUACGAUCUUACCAUAUAUAGUUACCGUAUUUAACGGAUUAUUUACAGUGAUAUUUCCAAGUCUGUAUUUGCACGCCAUUUAUUUUGUAGCGCUGUACAUAUUUUAUAAACUUUGUUCUUAUAACAUUCCAUUAUUUACAUUACGUCCGUCUCUACACUUGUUGUAUCAGCAGUUUUUUAUACCUUUUUAUGAGCAGAACGUGAAGAAAUGGCUGAAAUGACAGUGAUACUUAUUUAGUAAACAAGCUUUGUGCAAAUCAAUGGUGAUGCUAGUGUGGAUUUUAAAAGGCGUCGCCUCGUAACGACUCAGCAAGCAAUUGGAAACGGUCGCCGACACUUUGUUGAACGACUGCGGCCUCUUCUAGCGAGAGAAACGAUGCUAACGAUGCGCAUUUGCGUCGGUUCUUAGCCUUUCUUGAAUCCGUCCCUGACAAAAACAGCCAAGUGCAAUUAUCCGAGAAGCCACAAAGCGUGCCUUACUCCCUUUGGUUGGCCUAUGAAGUAUACUGAUGUAAUGAUGACAAGAGGCGACUCUUACUGGUCAAUGUGUGAUGUGCUUUCAAAUACAGGGAAGCUUUCCCAUAACUUCCUGUGCCUGUAUAUUUUUCAAAUGUUAAACUUUAUAAUGUUAACAUAUAAUGUUUUUUGUAUACUUCACUUUUUCAAGAGACCAUGAAAUUGACGUUCAGUGGUUUGCGUUUGAAGUAAAUCUCUGCACGUGUAGUGUUACCUUAUAUUUGUAGUGAGCUUUUUUGCGACGUGUUCCUUUGCCCUUUUCUGGUCGGCGUUCAUUCUAAUUUUAUUUUUUUUUCAGUUUCGAAUCAAAUGUUUAUUUUUCCGUUUUGUGUUAUUCAAAUAGUAUGCUAUAUUGUAGAUUUCAAUUUAUUAUUACUGUUCUGAAGGAUAAAGUAGCCACAUACUUAAUUCAAUCAAGGACAAAGUUUCAAGCCCUGUUUGGAUCCUUCUCUGAUUAGUGAUUGAUUAUACCAAUGCUUUAAUUUCCCAGCUCUCA